AUGAACAAGACAGAAAGCAACGACCAUAAAAUUUUUACUUCCGGACCGUUUGCCAGCAAAGAUAAAGAGUUGUUAGAGAAUGCAUAUUCAAAGAAUCCGUCACCUUCAAGAGAUGAGCGCGUUCAAUUAGCCACAAUGUUAAACCGAAAACUUGAUUCAAUAAGUAGAUGGUUUUCUACUCGGCGAAGAAAGGAACAAGCUGGACGGAAACCUUCUCUUGAUGAGAAAACGGCUGCUCCAAAGGAAGAGAAAACAAAUGCAACAGAGAUUAGCGACGACGAAGAUAGCGACGAGUACGAGUACGAGUAUUUCAAAACAGAGCAUAAAAUGGAAGACCAGUUAUUCGAAGGCGGGCCAAUUACUUCAACAAAAUACGAAUCAGGAGAACCGCGAACUUAUGUAGUAGGAUAUGUACAAGCUGAAGAAGCUAGAAUGCUUUUCUCCAACGAAAUUGAAAAUGAAACUGAUUGA